AUGGGCGGCUGGUGGCAGGGCGGAGAGGCCGUCUUCACGGCCUUUGACGACGGCCGGCCCCUCGUGCAAGAGGUCACGAGCGGCGCGCCUUGGGUGUUGCCCUUGGAACAAGGGGGGAGCGUGGGGGGUGUCCUCCGCAGGAGCGAGGCAACUCGGGUCCUUGCUGAGAGACGCGCCGAGAGGGUCGCGCAGCGAGAAGCGGGGAGGGGGGGGCUCUUGGUCUGCAACGACCCCUUUUGCCGGCGGCCGGACUCGAGAGUUGCAUGCACCCAUCAAAAGACUCUCGAGCCUUGGGAGUGUCUCUCGGCAGCGGCCCCUGAUAUGGGCCACAGUCAUCGGAAGAUCGACACGGUCAUGAGCCGGGGUGGAGCGAGUGUCGCGAGCCUUUGCGAGCGGUGGGGAGACGAGGGUGUACGAGAGAGGGACGAGGCAAAGCAUUUUUGCGCCCCGCGACCCGUCGAUCCGUUAUCUCCGUGCGGACGGCCAUGGCAGUUGGAGAGCAGGAAAGGGGCUCUGACGACGGCGGGGGCACGCUACGCGGUCACCACCUAUCGAAGGGUUUGUCGGCUAGCACCAGGACGCGAGUCAGCUUGCUGCUCAAUAGCCUACGACGGCCAGGAGGACGGCAUCUUCAAUUUCUCCGGGACAAACCUCAUCUCCCACGGCCUUCUUUUGCGCAAUCACUUUGCCGCCUCCCUCGGAGCUGCGCACUCGCUCAACUUUGACGCCCACGACAUGGCCUCAAGGAGCCUCGAGGGGCCGGACGUUCCGAGGCUAGACGACCGCGUCUUCGACGCAGCGAUGCAAGCCUUCAACGAUUUGGCCGCCCGGCCUCGGAUCCAGCACGUGUGCGGCCGUCCCGAUUGCGCCCACCUCUAUACUUCGGAGGUGCGGGCCGCCGAGACGGAGGCGGAGGCGGCCGGCAUGCCUCUCCCGCCGGAGCGGACCGCGGGUUCUCCUCUCGACCUGUCGACCUACGCUUUCGGUCGCGACAAGGUUGUCACGUACGACGGGACGUUUUUUCCGAAUUCGAGCGCCAUGCGCGACAGCGCGGAGGCAACGCUCCACAGCGUUUGCGAGCCGGAUCCGGAAGCCCCUAGGGUUCCAGGGGGGUUCACUCCUCUGAGCGUUGGCGGAGUGCGCCCAUCCGACGUCCCUCUCAACGGCAUCGACUGCCCCUGGAAGUUCCGAAACGGGCUGCCGGAGUUGAGGCCGGCCGGAACAAACGCGCCUUUAAGGCCGGAGGAGUUCGUGGCCAUGCGCGAGGGGCUUCUACCAAACGUCGCCGCUCUGAUCGACCUCGUGACCAAGUCGGGGGCUUGUGCCGACCCCACCACGUGUGCCGUCUGCCAAGGAGUCCCGAGGCGGCCGUGGAUGCAAGCCUAUUUCAAGGACGGGCCCGUGGGGCCGACCGGCUGGUGCCCGACGCACUUCCAGCCAUACGGAGCUCUGUUGCACGCCCUCCUCAUUCCUCGGUACUCCUGGGUAUUUGCGCACGUGGUGGCGCUGAAGCUGCUGAGGCACGUGUUGCUCGAGGGCGCCAUUGACGAGCGCGGCCUUGCGUACCUCAUCAAUGACACUCCGAUGCUGGCCGCAGUCCUCCGACUCCAUCCAACCAAUGACGCGCCUCGCCAGUUUGGCUUCCCUUCGGCGCUGCGGCCUCUCGUGCGCGACAUCUAUGCGACGAACCUGAUGUGCUUUGAGCCGAGUGCCAACCGCCCUGGCGCCUCGGGUCGAUCCCCUCUGGCGGCCCUCCUUGACGCCACGGAGCACCUCUGGGCCCUUGAGCGCGAGAGACUCAGGUCGUUGGGCAAUUCUGGAGGCGUCGAGAUGCUCUACGCAGAAGAACGGGGCAUGGCGCGCAAAGGGGCCGCAAACUCUCUCUUGUUUGCUCUCGAGGUGCGGGAGCCCCAGUGCUACGACCAAGACGGCUUUCUCGGAGAGCCGUUGGCGCUCUAUAGGGAACGGGUCGAGCCCGUCUCCCUCUACGACUUCCAUCCGUUGCUGUACGGGCGGCCGCAGUUUACGGAUUGGGAGGACACUUCGGGUCGGAGGAGAAAGGGCUCCGAAGAGCGGCUUGCGCAGCACUGUGGGGCCCCCGCUCCUCGGUCGGCCAAGGGUCGUGCUGGAAUUUUCAUCGCGUGCUGUCAAGAUCGGGCGCCUCUCGGGUACCACUGGCUGAAGGGGGGCGAGUCGGUGUCGGACCUUGGCACUGUGCUCUUAACGCGGUUCCCGUUCAAGACGCUGCGGGGGCUCACGAUCAUGGAGGACGCUGCUUGCAACGCCCAGGAGUGGUUCCUUAACCGGGUGCCGCAAUUGGCAAAGUUCAUGUUUUUUGCGGUGGACCGCUUCCAUUCGGGGCCCGUGAGUUGCGCACCGGCAAGGGCAAAGCGCUACGCUACGCACACGUGCGCGCCCACGCUCUUCAUCGACUCCUUUCCGCAACACGGCCAAACGAUUUCGACGGCUUUGGAAGGCAUCAAUUCGGGGCUCAAGAGAUGUGCGGCCAGCCUUCAGCAGAUCACGAGCAUCAGGAGGUUGAUGAGCCGUGUGACCACCGUCCUCGACACAUUGUUCGAGCGGUCAAAGUACGCAGUUUAUUGGAACAAGGCCAGCAAUCCUUUGAGAGACUCGAUUAAGAGGAGGCGCUGUUGA